CAAAGGGGCGGAAAUAGGCAAAGAGUCAGGGUCCCCGUUUCAACAAGGCGCUUUGAAGUUCCAGUUUUUUGCCGGGUGUGUUUUGCAGCUGGGAUUUAAAUCCUUCGGUUCUGUGCUGGGCCUUGCUGGUUCUUCGUGACCGACCUGAGGCAGCCUCGUGGUGCGGGCGCUCGCACGGCCGGGAAGCCAAGGCUGAGGCGUUCGGAGAGGGCAUGUUCGGCCGCCUCCCGCCUUGCGCGCUCCGCGUGCGGGCGGGCGCCUGGUUCGGGGCUCUGGGAGCUCGGACGCGCGGCUGCGAUGGGGCGCGGCGGGGAGCAGCGGACGACCCUCGGGCCGGCCUGGCGCGCGCGGCUCUGAGGGAGUGGACGCUGCCGGUGAGCCCGUUCGGGCGGCUGAGGGCGCGGCUCCCGUGCCACCUGGUCGUGAGGCCCCUGGAUCCCCUGGCGUACCCGGACGGCGACCGCGUGCAGGUGGCGGUGUGCGGGGCGGGGCGCGCGGCGCGCGGCCUGGACAGCCUGCAGGUCCAAUACGACGCUGCCCGGCAGGAGAUGGCCAUCCUGUCCGAGGACAUCGACCCCCAGGCGUCGGUGGAGGUGAACGCACCCGUCAAGUUUGAUUUGAAUAUUGAGUCAUCAGGGUCUGGCUCUGUAAAGGUGCAGAAUAUUGAAUGUGAUAGCUGUAAAAUUGACACUGCGCAGGGGACCAGCGUCUUGCAAUCUGUGAAGAGCCAAGAAUUACAUGUUCAAACAAAAGGAGGCAAUGUGAUCUGUCUGGGAACAAUUUGCGGAAAUAUAGAUAUUCAUGCAUCACAUCACAGUACUGUGACCAUAGAUAAACUUCAGGGAAGUUGUGUAAAUAUAUCUACAGAGGAUGGUUUGCUGAAAGUCAAGUAUCUUUAUACAGAAUCUUCAUUGUUGUCUUCUGCUGCUGGGGAUAUUGCAUUAGGAAAUGUUCAUGUUAGAGCUGAAAAAAAUCCAACAUACAGUUGUUCUAAAAAGCCUUUCUGUACAACUCUGAGUGAAAACUGCCUUUUUGGAAAUAUCAUAUUACAAAGCAAGAUGGGUAACAUUACAGUGGAUUCGUCCUGUGGAUGUCUAAAAGCCUCAAGCCAUCAGGGUGCCAUAGAUGUUUAUGUCAGCCAACUGGGGGAAGUGGCACUGACAUCACAGGAAGGCUCUAUUACUGUCAAGGCCCCAUCUUCUCUACGAGCUUAUUUACAGUUGUCAGGGAGAGAGGUGAUUGUGGACGAAGAAGCUCAUGUUCAGGAAGUGGCCAAAGAUCAGAAAGGUGGCGGUGUGACGGUCACAGGACUCCUGAAUCAAGCAAGCAGACAUGAAAGGUGGAUAAAUGCCGUUGCCCCCAAAGGCACUAGCAAAGAAUCCGCCCAUGGAGCCAUUGCACACAGUCUGCAUUCCAGAUGCAGAUGCUCUUCUAUUCAUGCCAGAACAACUGGAGGGGUGGAGCUGUUCCCCCAAAGAAACCAAGUUCUUUGAACAAACACACCAAGACAUGCGGAGUUAUUUCUGUGUCCUACACUUGAAAAUAGAAAGAAUAUAGGACCCUGUGACUCUUCCUUCGACAUGACCCCUGAGCAGUUAGGUUUCACUGCUGUAGCCAAGUCAGAAUUUGUAAAGCUUAGCCACAGAAGUUCAGUUGUAAACGCUUGUCAGUCUGUUUGCUCCUUACCGCUUCACCAAAGAAACCACUGAAAGUUAAGACAGAGGCUUGGAAACAUGAUUCAGCCAGUUAAAGCCCUUGUCAUGCAAGCCUGAUAACCAGAGUUCACAUAACCUACAUAAAGGGAAACAGAAACAAACUCCAUACAUGAGCUUUGGCACAUGCAUCCCCAGCAUAUACAUCCAGGAACAAUAAUGAUAAUUGUAUUAAUAACUUUAAAAUUAAAAUAUGAACAUGGAAUGCUAUGUUUCAUACUAUAAUUGCUCAUACGUGAACUCAACAGCAAUUGAAGAUCAGUAGCUGUCACUUAAGUAUAUAAUGAGAUACCACACUAAUUGACUAAGAUGUCUAUAAUGAAGAAGAGAGACAAUAAAACGUGACAGUGAGGAGAUGCGAAGACUGACAGGCAAAUAAUGCUGCAUAUUAUGCGAGUGGACCAGCUAUUCUGGAAAACAUGACUCUGUCUCAGAAAGCAAAGCAGAGUCAGCACAUGGCCCAGCAAUUAGACUCUUCUAGGGGUUUAUAAUUAAGAAUAAAACAUCCACAUGAAAAAAUUGUAUGUAAGCGUUCUUAACAAUGUUAUUCAGAAACAACCCAAAUAUCUACCAAGGGAUGGAAAUGUAAAUAAGAUACAUUUUAUCCCUAUAAUACAAUGCUAGUUGAUAAGAAAAAGAAGUGUUGGUGCAUGCCAUAGCCUUGAAAACAUUGUUCUAGUACAAGAAGCCAGACCCCAAACACCAGACAUGAUUUCAUUGACAUAUAAAGUCCAAAUAGGCAAAUAUACAGAAAAGAUAGAUCUGUGCUUGCCUGAAGCCGCUGGAGGGUGUGACAAGCAUAGGGAAGGGGUCUCGUUAGGAGUGAUGAAAACAUUCUGGGGAUUAGGCUGUGGUGAUAGUUACACAGCUCCAUAAAUAAACCAGCAAAGUGAAAGGCACUGAGGACCUUUCAUCUCAAUAACAAUUUUGUUAAUUGACAAUUGUUUGAUUAAAAACUAUAAAAUUUUCCUGUCAUUCUUCUGCCCAAGAUGGAUGAAGACAUUGCCUCUGUGUCACGUAUUUUUGUUAGACUCAUACCUGUGCCCAUGCUGACACAUUACCAUACAGCCUUGCUGCUGAGUAAACUUAACACUAACAGAGAACCAGGAAGUGGAAAGGAGACCAGUCAGUCCUCUGUAAGCACCACCUACGGGCAAUAGGGGUCAGCAAGAGAAAUGCACUGUUCCAGCCGACGAGAUGUGUUCUGAUUAGACUUAGGACCUCUCAGAGAACUGACCUAAUGAACACCUGUGCCAGCUAGGUAAAUGUUCUGUUCAGCUCUAUGAGAUUCAGAAAUGCUCCAAAGCAGGAGGGAUUCUCUAAAAGAACUGACAGUUAUCUUCUGCAAUUUUUAUUUUGAAAAUCUGUAGUCUCAAGUUUGGGGUUUAUAAUUGCUCAAUUUGAUGGGUGAAGGCUUAAUAACCCUCCAACCCUCCCACCUCCCACUGUGAAAGAAUAUCAAUAGGCCUGAUCUUGUGGGUCUCCUAUGCAGCUGCUCUGAUUUAAAUGGUAGUUGACUGCCAUAUUUGGAGGACACGGUCCACAACAGCAUGAAAUAGAACAGCAAGGUGUAGAACUGUACAGCACAGUAUAAGUGAAUUUAUGAUGGCAUUUAAAGAUUUUUCUGAACACUGGUCAUCAAACUGUUCCAAAGGAGGAAAUUUCUGGCUUUGAUGCUAUUACUGCUUGGUUUGGUUUAAUAUCAUGGAGCAAACGUGCUGGGGGUUGGCUGGUUCCAAGGUUUAAUCGGGAAGCUGGGGGAGAAGCCAAUAAGAUGGGGUUGCUGGGCCUCAGUCAGCAAAGGGCUGUUGGGCAUCCUUCCAGUGAAGUCUGGCAGUAUUGCUAUGAAAGGUCUUCCUUGUUCGCCCAAAGUCUGCCAAAUGCACGAGUCCCUUUGCAGGACAGAGGUCAGGAUUUGUUUCCCCAAAGUAUAAACAGAGGCUAAAUUCAUCAUCAGAGAAGCUUCGUCCUGCAGCAAAGUGAACAAAUACAGAGACCCACAGCCAGACAUUAUGUAGAGUGAGAGACUUUGGGACACUCAGUCCUCAAUGGGAGGUCUCCAGCAAAUCCCUCCCCUCAGGGCUCAGGGAACCCUGCAGAAGAGGAGGCAGAAAGGGUGUGAGAGCCAGAGGGAUGGAGGACACCAGGGAAACUGGGAUCAACAUGAUCAAUGCACAUAUGAACUCCGAGACUGAGGCAGCAUGCACGGGUCUGCAUGAUCUGCUCAAGGUUCUCUGUGUAUGUUAUGGCUUCGAGUUUAGUGUUUUUAUGGAAUUCCCAAGUGUGUGAAUGAGUGGGUCUGGUUCUGGUGCCUUCUCUUGGGCUCCUUUCCUUUUGUUUGUUUGUCCUGUUCAACUCCGAUGUGAUUGUUUUGGUUUUAUCUUGUUAUAUGUUAUUAUUAUCCCUUAGAAGCCUGUGUUUUUCUAAUGAGAGACAGGAAAGGAGUAGAUCUGGAUGGAAGGGGAGGUGGGGAGAAACUGGAAGGAGUAGAGAGAAGGGAAACUACAAUCGAAAUCUAUUAUGUGAGAAAAGAAUCUGUUUUCAAUAAAAGGAAAAAAAAAUUAAAUUUUAAAAAACAGACUCAAUUGUUUAAUCGGGUAACACACCGAGGAAACAGCUGGUGUGAUAGUCGGGUGAAUUAUCUGCAGAACUGCAGGCGGUGUGAGAAUUUAAGACUCCGGGUUCCCAGCAAGCACUUUGCUUCUCCAUAGCCCACAAAACAGAAGGACAUGGAUCCAAGAUGCCUAGGAAUCCAUAGUGGGAACGUGGCUUACACUACAGUAUCAGGUUCACUGAGGGAUGUGGUCUCAAGACAUAAGAUUCAAAAGAAAGCAGCCAUCAAGUCAUCCUAACAAAUCUGCAUGACACCCAGAGUGGCAGAGGUAAACAGAGCUCUCCUGGUGUGGGGAACACACUGUUACACCUUACAUCAAGAACAAAGUGAGAGAAAAAUGGGGCUUGUGUUUUAAGAGACCACCCAGUAGGUGUGACUGCUUCCAACUGGAAGGCAAGGGGGUGGUCUAGCAGAGCUUUCAAAGAGGAAGAAAACUCUGAAUUAAGCCUAAAGAUUGUGAUUUGGGCAUGCAGUAAAUAUAAUAGGGACAGCCUUUCAGUCGAGGAAAUGGUAUAAGCUGAGACUUUGUUUGGAAGUGAGUUGCUUGGAAGCAGUUCAGUUUGGGGUCACUGGAAUCAGUGGGAGGGAAGACAGAACACUGCCAGGGACAGAUGCAUGCACACAAGACCUUUGAAAGCUGAAAGUUUCUUGAACCUUUCUCCCAGUUUUACAUCUGGAUUUGUUUAGCUAAUGUAGAUAGACAUCGGCAAUGAACUGGUUACUGAAUGUUAGGAUGGGGGGAGCAUGUUAGGGUGGGGGUGCCUGCUCUGGCCAAGUCAUCCUAUCCCUGGCUUGGAACACCACCAACAUAAAUAUAAAACAUCUUCUUCCAACUCUAUAUUGAAAACAUUCAUAUUUCCAGAAAAGGUCAAAGAAAAUUAGAAGGAAUACCUUUAUGUCCUUUACCUAAAUUCUUCAGUUAGCAUGUGUGUGUGUAGGCCACAUGACAACCGCGGGUGUCAUCGUCCUUGGGUGCAGUUCAUUUUGAUUUUUGUUGUUGUUGUCAUUGUUUGUUUGCUGGGGGGGGGCGUGUCUCUGAUUAGACUGUGGCCUCUGAGCCUCGGGGAUCUGCCUGUCUCUACUUCUCCAGAGCUGGGAUUUUACAAGUUCAUGCCACCGCACCUGGCUUUCCACGUGGGGUUCUGAGGGGUGAACUUGGGCCCUCGUGGGGCUGAGCUCUCUCCCCAGCCCAGGAUGCUUUUGGAAGCACCCUUGUCAGUUCUUGAAUGUCUCAUAAUCUGCAUUGUCUGCUUAUGCUUUGGCUUGUUUUUGGAUGUCACCCGAAUGCUGCCACACACCCCUGGGAGUCUCCGUCAGGCUGUUGCACAAGCAGGGAUGUCACUGGGUCACGUGAUCUGACUGCUACACCACUUCAUUAGAUACGUAUUUUCCUUGAGUUCAUAAAUCUAUAGUGUGGCUCUUUCAGGAUGUUACAGUUGGACAAUAACUUUCUGCUCUAUGAUUUUAGUAUUUCUUGCUGGUCCUUGUCUAAGUAAGUUAUUAGAUGCACUUUUUAAUUUCUGUCCUUCAUUUUUAGAUUCCUUAGCUGGACCUUAUUUAAAUUUUCCUUUUCUUACUGAACUUUCCCUUUAAUUCUGCUAAAACAUUGGGGAGCGCUUUGAAUAAAUGAAAGCUCUUAGACCUAGUACUGUCCCGAGUCAUGUGUGGUGUUACACAGUCAUUGUUUUAUAUCCUGAGGAUUGAACACUGGGCCUCACAAAUCUGAGUACACAGUUUUACCAGUGAGCUAUACACUCAGUCAUUUAUAAAUACUAGUUUAACUUGCCUAAAUUCUUGUUAAACCUAUUUAUGAGAUAAAAUCACUGUCUUUCCUGGUGGAAUUAUGUCUCUUGUUGGUAAAAGAUGCUGGCUGAGGGAAGUGUUCAUGUUCUGCCGAUCUCUCAGAAUGAGUAGCCAACCAUGAUUUCUUAAACCAUAUCCUGCAUGUGAAAAUGAGGCAGAUGAAAACUGCCUAAAUAGAUCAGUAGUAUGAUGAUGAGGUUUAGAUUUUCAUAACUCACAUGGCUUUUCUUCUGAGAUACUGAAUUUUUAUAAAGAGCCUGGAAAAUAGUCAAGGCAUUAUGGAAUGUGGUCAUUAGCGCAAAUAUAGUAUGGUAGUUUAUCUGGCAGCCACGAUGCUAUAAAUCAUCCUUAUGAAUGGUUUGUUUCAGCUUAGAAACUCACUUUCAUUUUUAGAUUUUAUUUAUUUAUUCAUUAUUUAUUUUGAGACAAGUUCUCACUGUAUGACUGAGGAAGCCUCAAGCUCCAGACCCUCCUGUCCCAGCCUCUUGAACGCUGGGGUUACAAGUCUAAGACACCAGGCCUGUCUUAGCAAUACGUGUUAACAUAAGCAUGCCAGAACAGUGAGCAUGGAGAGGGUGGCAUCAUAACUGUCAUGCUCAUGAUUUAAAAACCAUAAAAAUGCAUAAGGUUUCGUAGUUUGCCCAACUUUUAAGUCACUUUUUAGUAGUCUCUAGAAAAGGUAAGUAAGCCCACAGACUCUAAGAUAAACAUGCUAAAACAGAGAUCUCAUCCACAGCUGUAAACCAAGAGAAAAUAAGACUUCAUAAGGAAAGAGAUGUAUUUUACUCAGAGUCUAGUGGCUUGAUGAUGCACCCUGCAAAGAUCUCCAUGGCUGAGCCACAGCAUGGUAAGCAGAGAGAGAGAAAUCCUUGCAUACAGAAGAUGUCAAGGCCUGGAGAGGCCUCGCUCUGCAGCAGCCCCCUCUCCUGACAUAGCACUAGUCUGUUUGUGAGGGUGGACCCCUAUGACGGAACUGCUACCCACUGGGCACCAUGGUUACAGGUUGCAUGACCUCAACACUGCCACAACAGUGUGUGAGUCCCAGAACUUGGGCUUUUGGAAGAAUACACCACUUCAAACUCAUGGGGCAACAAUCAGCCAAAACACAACAAAAUGUUUUGCUCAACAGAGGGAGAAACUGAGGGGGGAUAAUUCUGACUAGAAGACCUUGACAGUAGCAGGAACGAGAGAGGAGUAAAAAAAGAAUGAAUGAAUGACUAAGUUUCUCAAGAAGAGAAUAGCUGAGGCUAUGGUGUAUUUGGAGUAGUCCACAAACACCAAAUGCUGGUUGUAAAUAAUGUUGCACGACAUGCUUAGGUUUAGAUAGCAGGGUGUGAAACUGCAUUUGUGCACAUGUACAUGCAGUGUGUACAUGCACAGUACAAUCAGAGAGCACUCCUAGAAAUACAUUAACAUUUAGGAGUGGGCAAACAUUUCAAUGCAUUUUUCUGUAACCCACAUUUAUUUUGGUGCUGUUAGAAUGUUCAUGAAAAAUCAUUUAGAAUAAUUUGUAGGGAAAAUCCAACACAAAAAUCAUUAUUACAUUUUUUAAUCAACAAAGAAUUCUAUGAAGUAUUAACUCUGGGCUCUAUUCUUCACAGAGUCACACAGUUCUGGUUCUAAACUAUACCAUGCAAAUAUAUCAAUAGUUAAGGGAAGUACUAAGCUAGGAACAGAAACACACAUCAUUUUUCCAAAAAACAAAAUUCUUUUUUUAUAAAAACGGAUGAGUGCUUCCUAACUUCAUAUUGCGUGGUCCGUCUGUGAAGCGUGACCCUGCUGACCAGCCCUCCCUGUCUGAGGCUCCACUUCCCUUGCAUCCAUGACAUUAUUCUGACCUCCUCUCCUACCUACUUCUUUAGAUAUUCUGUGGAUCUCUCAAACUGGCCCGCUGCACCUGCCUUCGCGCAUCCAGGCUUCGGCAGCACCUUCGCCAUCUCUCUUGCUCACGUAUUUACUAACUGCUGACUCGGCCGCAGCGGGCCCUGAGUACCUCAAAGCAGCACAUGACUUUCCGAAGUCUGGUAGUACAACGGGAAGCCGCGGGCUUUCAUGCGCUCUUCCUUCUGGUCUGCUAGCUGGUCAGGGUCUGUUAAAAGAACUUCCUUUAAGAACUUUGCCCCUCCUCAGCUGUGCUUUCGUGGCCUUGCCUAUGGGGGCUUCCCUGCAGGGGAAAUCUGUAUAACACGGGAAAUUUGGUAGUUACAUAUAAUUUCACUGAAUGUGAACUCUGAAAUAAAAUGGACCGGGCAGCAAGAAGUCUAGGAUGACUGAGAAGCCUCUACUGGGGUGUAGAAGAACAUGGGAUCUGAAAGAACCUUCAAGUGAAAAUACAGGAAGCCCUGCUUCCCGGUGCUAAAGAUAAAGAAAACACUUGGUAACUCUCCUGUUUUGAUAUUCUGAAAUUUGUAUGCAUAUAAAUCCUGGAACUCCAGACAACCCAAGGAAAACAGCAAAGCCAAACAAAGCAACAGCAGAUAUUCCAAAAAUCAGGCAAGUGUCUGUCUUCUGUCUGUCUAUUCUUUGUCAUCUGGUACCAAAGGAGCCCAUGGUAACUGGGAUCAAAUAUGUCCAAAACAGAAUUUGGCAUCUUUCCUCCAAGUCUCCACCUCUCUCCUAGGUUCUUUUCCUGAUUAGUGACCUAUUAUGCCUACACCUGGACAAAUAAAAAUCCUGAGUACUGCCUGGGACGACUCUCUCAACACUCCCCACACCAUUUCCCACUCUCCAUUCCCAGCUAUCUGUCAGGCUCUGCUACCUGCCAUUGUAAGAGCUGCUGUUCUGUAAGAGACCUUCUCCACUGGGGCCGGACUCACUGCACGCAGAGCUGUGUGUGGCUCCCACUGCUUAGCUUCUCACUCUGUUGGUCACCAGAGCACUGGGAAACAGGCAGCAUUACAAUCAUUGCUUGAAAAGGAAGGAAAUGGAGACACACUCGCCCAAGCUCUCACAGUGUGGUAGCACCAGUGAGGACACUAGCGAGGAUGCUCUAAACCGUGCUGUUCAUAACUUGCAAUCACCUGGCGCUAUUUUCCUCUUGUUUUGACACUGGGGCUGUGCCUUUCGUUUAGUACUUCAGAACUGACAGGCAGUUGAUAGUGAAUAAAUAAAUACUUGUUGAAUGAA